CUCCCAGUAGAGUUUGCGUCGACGAUCCCUCUUGUGCGUAGUGACGCCACAACAGCGUGGGGUUUCCCGGAGCUGAGUGCAGGGUUACCGCGCCCAUCUCUGCUGUUUGAUGGCCGGAGGAAGAGAUUGAGGUGCUGGAGAGAAACGAGAGUGAGUCUGAGAGAGCGACAUAGAGUGAGAACGAAAAGAAAGGUUAGAUAAGAGGUUGAGGGACGGGAAGAGAAGGCAGUGAGACGAGAUAGUAUUAGAUGACGCUUAAUUAAAACGCACAGUUGCUAAAUUUGCCUUUGCUGCGGUGAACCCUGCCCCAUCUUUGCGCCAGUGUGCCGGUGUGUUUCCCUUGGCGUAUCGAAAGCUGGGUUCGGGGAGUGCCGCUCCUCGGUAGUGAAGUCUGUUGGUGCGUAGAGGAGAGCCCGAUCUUCGCUUUUUCCCAGUCAAUGCAAUAUAAACAACGGACACCCCCGACUGAAAACGGAUCAGCGAGAGUCCCGGCGGCCGGAGUGAAGCACACCGUUAGCAGUGGAAAAUGAGUGAACUGGACCAGCUGCGCCAGGAGGCUGAGCAGCUCAAGAACCAGAUCAGAGAUGCCAGGAAAGCAUGCGCAGAUGCUACCUUGUCUCAGAUCACAGCCAACAUCGAUCCCGUUGGCCGAAUUCAGAUGCGCACUAGACGGACCCUGAGGGGGCAUCUGGCUAAGAUCUAUGCCAUGCACUGGGGCACUGACUCCAGGCUCUUAGUCAGUGCCUCCCAGGAUGGUAAACUCAUUAUCUGGGAUAGCUAUACCACAAACAAGGUCCACGCCAUCCCCCUGCGGUCCUCGUGGGUGAUGACCUGCGCCUACGCCCCCUCUGGGAACUACGUGGCCUGCGGAGGCCUGGACAACAUCUGCUCCAUCUACAACCUGAAGACCCGCGAGGGCAACGUCCGCGUCAGCCGCGAGCUCGCCGGACACACAGGUUACCUGUCCUGCUGCCGUUUCCUGGAUGACAACCAGAUUGUGACCAGCUCUGGAGACACCACGUGCGCUCUGUGGGACAUCGAGACCGGCCAGCAGACGACCACCUUCGCCGGCCACACCGGCGACGUGAUGAGCCUGUCGCUGGCGCCGGACACCCGGUUAUUCGUCUCGGGCGCCUGCGACGCCUCGGCCAAGCUGUGGGACGUCAGAGAAGGCAUGUGCAGACAGACCUUCACGGGCCACGAGUCCGACAUCAACGCCAUCUGCUUCUUCCCCAACGGCAACGCGUUCGCCACGGGCUCGGACGACGCCACCUGCAGGCUGUUCGACCUGCGGGCCGACCAGGAGCUGAUGGUGUACUCCCACGACAACAUCAUCUGCGGCAUCACCUCCGUGGCGUUCUCCAAGAGCGGCCGUCUACUGCUGGCCGGGUACGACGACUUCAACUGCAACGUGUGGGACACCCUCAAGGCCGACCGCGCAGGUGUGCUGGCCGGCCAUGACAACCGCGUGAGCUGCCUGGGCGUGACGGACGACGGCAUGGCGGUGGCCACGGGGUCCUGGGACAGCUUCCUCAAGAUCUGGAACUAAAGCCUGAAGGUGGCAUCCGGACUCCAAAGUUUGACUGGAAGACCAUUCCAACAUCAAAAUGUUAAAUUUCAUUGCAUAUCCAAUCUUCUCAAACACCACAAACAAACUGACUCAAACAUCCCCAAACAACUAUGAAAGGCAAAACGGUACCUUUCUUUCUCAUUAAAAAAGAAGAGCACAAUUGUUUAUCACUCAGCUAAGAAAAAAAAAAAAGAAAAAAAAUGAAGAAUUGUGUGGUAAUAAAUGAAAUGGGGAAAAUGAAAUUGUGCAUUCCCUCUGGGACCAUUCUAUGAUGUUGUCUUGAAAGAGAAACAAACACUAUCAUGCCAUCCAAAUGUAUCAUGUACCUUGAAAAGAAAUGUUUGAGUGAGCGUAAUUAUACAGUGAUCUAACUCUUGAUAGGCUUUUUUUUUUUGUUUGUUUGUUUGUUUGUUUUUGUUUUAUUGGGUUUUUUUCCCCAAGAAUUAGAUCGGUGAACUCCGUUGGUUAAUGUUUAAAUGAGGAUUGAAAGCUUUUAUCUCCUAGUCUUUCAAAUUUUUUAGAAUUGAGUUUGUAGAUUUAAAGUCAAAGUAAGAAGAUUCACGUGUCAUUUUUAAUCCAGCUUUACCCACGAGGAAAACCAGACGGAAGUAAACGGAACCGAACGAAAUAAAGUCCGCUUCACCAGGGAGUCCAUGACCAGCUUUCAGGGGAUGUCACUUCUGUAUAUUUAGUCUCAGAUCCCCCUCAUUUUCUGUUUCUGUCUUGUCACAAAUCUUUGUUUGCACAAAAAGAAACCUUGCGUAUAUAGAAUAAUGUUGAAAACGUUAACUAACCAAGCACACGCUGUUUAUGAUAAUGAAUGCUCGUUUUUAAAACAACAAAAACAAUUUUAACCAUUUCUUCACCAUUUUGUUCGGUAAUGUAGAAUAAUUAAAUGAAGAUUAACCCCUCAGUUCUUCAUUUUAUUUUAUUUUUUCCUUUUUGUUUAACUUUUGGAUUUUUGGCCGGGGGUUGACUGGGUCGGGAGGGUGGGGCUGAAUUCUUCCACCCGGCUUCACUCCGGAGUUUCCUGUUUAAACAGAGGUCCCGGUCCGUGCUUGGAAAUGCAGUUACUGCUCUGUGAAUGAAAUGUUGUACAAAUCAAUGUUUGAAAAUAAUAUUGAAACUUUCUUAAGUUAAAAAUUAAAAAAAAAAAGAAUUUCUUUUGGUUGUCUGCCAUGGGUGGGUUAACUCUUAGAAUCGCAUGCUGUAGAAUUGCUUAAAAAAGUGCAUAUGGAACUAAGUCCUUUGAUGUUUUUCUUUAAGAAAAUAACCUGUUAAACUGUCUCCUUCACGGCUGUAUUUAUACUGUUUCUGGCUACUCUGUGCAUACAUUAUUCAACUAAACUGGCAACGCUAUGCACCUGAGACGCAAAUCUACACACAACCUGUUAUCAACACACCUGGGGCGGUUCAUUGAGGAAUGAAAACAAGAUGUCCUUUUUCUUUCUACACAAACCCAACAUGCUCACAGGCAGGCAUACAUGCAUACACACGCAUACACAAGCAUGCACACACACACACACACACACACACACACACAAAUAGAACAAAGAAAUUCAGACUUCCUCUGUAGCAAACCAUUUCCAGAAACAAAAACAAUGUUAGAAUCAUUUUGUAACAAACAGGUUUUUUUCUGGCUUUCUUUAAUAAUAAAAAAUGGGGAGAAAAAAAAAAAAAACUUGCAGCAUCUGAAUGGCAGAAUUUUCUGUUGUUCCCUUCUCACUGUAUACAGAAACGUUCUUUAGCAGUAGUGGCAUUCUUUCCCAUUCUGUUUUUCUCUGCGACAUUCUGUACAAAAGAUGUGCUGUAAUUGUGCGUUAGGCCUGGAGUUGGCAAAAAAAAUUUAAAAAGAAGAAAAAAUGAAAUAAAUUCCCUUUCUUUUUCUCUUUCCAUGAAAUAACUGUAGAGCUCUGCACCCCCACUGUUCCCUUUUCACCUUUUGUAUUUAAUUUUAAAGUCAGUCAGUGUACUACAGAAAGCUGGAUGCAAGAUAGAAACUAUAUUAAAAUGUACUGUUAUUUAAGAUGUAAUAAAAAGCAGUUUGAGAUGA